AGAAUGCUGGUCAUGUUUUAAAAAGGCUCGAUAAACUCGGACCAAGGUAUCCAAUUGUAAAAAUGGUUUGUUUGAAACCGGGUCGCGCAAAGUGCUUCCGACUCCAAGGCAUUUCACCAAUGAAACACUUGGUAAACUCCACACGGAUUCCAACUUUUGUGACACCCAUUGCAGACGACAAUUAAGAAGUAAGGAAAAUGCUGCUUAUGCUUUGUGAAAUUAUCAUGCUUGGGAAAGCGAAAUUGUGACUGGUUUGCUGGAAACACUCAGGCGGUCAUUGUUUAUGCUGCCCACAUGUUGUCCAUUUCGGAGCCAGUCAGCUGAGACAGGACACUCGUGGAGCGUGAAUGUAGAAGGGCGCUGGGUGUUCUAUAUUCCCCUGGACAACAAGAAGCACGGAGUUCUUGCUGUCACCUUUAUCGGUUCCUACGUUUGUCAAUAAGAUCGUUUCGUGGCACCCACUGAUUUUGUAAUGGCGUCCCCCACCCCCUCCGAUUGUGGGACCUUCACUACCUCCAGCUCAUCCGACUACGAGAUGGACUCCGCCUACCACGGAACACGCUGUGACCUCUGCAGCAGCUCAGUCUGCUUACCCAGAAUGCUCAGCUGCCACCACACGUUCUGCCAGCCAUGCAUGGAGCGGGCACUACACGAGACAGGCGCUGCCCACUGUCCACUCUGUCCAUUGGAUAUUUACCUCGGCGGCCAUGACGUCUCGGAGCUCAACCAACCAGCGAGAAGAGACGUCUUCAGCGGCUGGUCUGGAGCUUCCGACGUGGUCCACUGCACCGGAUGUAAAAUCAAGGAUGCGACCGCUUCUGCCAUUUGUUUUGACUGUGGGAAUUUCCUGUGCGGAAACUGUGUAAUGGCGCAUCAGUUCAUGAACCGCUUUAAAGGACAUCGUGUUAUGAGCCUUGGACAUCUACAAGGAGACACUGACAAGGGUUCCAUGUCAGACAAACCGGACAUGUGUCUCCAACACUCAAACAAAGUCUUGGAUCAUUUCUGCUCCACCUGCGCAAAACCCGUGUGCAGUGAUUGUAUAUUAGAACACAACGAAGGUCACGCAUGCAAGCCUCUCACUGAUGUAGCAGACGACCACAUAGACUCUUUGCGCCACCUACUGGCAAAUGCUAAACACAAGAUUGACCAUUUACGAGCCUUAACCAAACGAGCUGCCCAUAACUCAUCGGCGCUUGUUUCACAGCACAGGAAUUCCACUUCCGGCAUCAACGCUACCUUCGCCUUCUACAGCUCCAUGUUGGACAGACGCCGAACUGAAGCCAUGAUAGAACUUCAUCAGACGUUCAACACUAAGCAGGUUGCCAUCAGUACCCAAGCCCAGCAGAUUCAGAACACAACCCACACUCUGAGCCAAGGCGUACAGUACAUUGACAAGGUCCUCACACACAGCUCGGUCACAGCAACCUUGCUGAUGAAGAGGUACUUAGAUGAACACUUCCAGAACCUGUUCAGCUACCUGCCAAGUCUUCAGAACGGUCAACACUCUGAGAUAAACUUUGUUUCUGAUUACCAGACAAUCCAAACAGACCUCCAGGCAAACUUUGGCUUCGUUCGACAAGGCUGUGAGAUGCUGCAGAUGACUGCACAGAAAUUUCAAUCUGCUGGGCGUGUUAAUAAUAUAUAUUAAUUGUUUUUAGGAAUAGUGUAUUAGUUUAACUGUAUAUACCGUCAAGGCCUUUUAAACACGAGCACGAUAUCAGUCACUAUUAAUAUUUUACAAGGGUUUUAUGUUCAUUUAAUUUUGUCAUCAGUAAUGAUUUUCCGAAAGAUAAAUGUAGAUAUAUACUGCACACAAAAAGUUAGGGAUCAUGACAAUUUUGUGGUAUUUUGACGUUGUGAGAUCAGUUUUCUUGACAAAAAUACCCCACAACAUAUCAAUGAUCCCUAACUUAUUCUGUUUAGUAUAUAAACUUAGUUACAAAUGGAUCAGUCCACGGGUCUUCAACCUUUGACAUUUGUAAUGACCGUGGUUGUUUGUUCAACAUGUCUCACUGAAGUUAUUUCUUAAUUUGUUUAUUUGUUUAUUUUUCUUGUUGACAAUUGUGCUAUUAAUGCAUCACCUUGUUUGUAUUAUCACCUGCAUUGUUUUUGUCACACUGCAAUGCUAUCAUGUGCAUGCAUGCGAGAUGCACAACCGUCAUGGAGACGAGCAUAUAUUUUAAUAUGACUAGUGUUUUACCAUUUUGUUAACACCAUUUUAGAACAAAUGUGUAAUGUUUUAAAUGACUUUUACCUAUUAUAUCAUGAAAUCAUUGUUUUUAAAAUUGCCUAGACUUCAUCUUGAAUGUGAAUAAAUUUACCAUUAUACA